GUGAUUGUCUAUCUUUGGCUUCGACAAUGUCAACGAAUAGUACGGAAGAUUAUGACUGCUCCUCCGAGAGUACUUGCCUUUUAAAGGCAGAGUUGGAAAUUGCCUUACGUCGCAUUUCAGAAAUCGAAGAAAAGUUGGAGGAACUGGAUAUGCAAAUCCCAAAGAAGUACGCAGACGUACCACGCCUAAAUUAUUUAAGGAAGAAGCGCAUACUGGUAACUGGCGGUGCGGGAUUCGUUGGCUCUCAUCUAGUGGACGCAUUAAUGCUACAAGGUCACGAAGUAAUAGUAGUGGACAACUUCUUUACCGGCAGAAAACAAAACAUUGCUCAUUGGAUUGGGCAUGAAAACUUUGACCUGAUACGUCACGACGUCAUAAAUCCGCUGUUCGUCGAGGUCGAUCAGAUCUACCACUUGGCCUGUCCAGCUAGUCCACCGCACUACAUGCAGGAUUCCGUGAAAACUAUUAAGGUCAAUACAUUGGGAACGAUAAACAUGCUUGAACUAGCGCAAAGAGUAAAUGCAACGAUACUAUUGGCUAGUACCUCGGAAGUCUAUGGCGAUCCCGAAGAACACCCCCAGUCAGAAACGUAUUGGGGAAAUGUUAAUCCCAUCGGGCCAAGGGCGUGUUACAAUGAAGGUAAAAGGGCCGCCGAAAGUUUAGCUCACGUGUACUCACAACGGAACAACCUAAACAUUCGAAUUGCGCGAAUAUUUAACACAUUCGGUCCUAGAAUGCAUAUAAAUGACGGACGAGUCGCCUCAAACUUCAUCGUUCAGGCGUUGCAAGAGCGAAGUCUCACGGUGUAUGGUACCGGAAACCAAACAAGAUCGUUUAUGUACGUUUCGGAUUUGGUCGAGGGAUUAAUAGCCCUAAUGGAAUCAAGUUACAGUUCACCCGUUAAUAUAGGAAAUCCUAUUGAAUUUACAAUAAAUGAAUUCGCAUCCAUUAUUAGACAAUUAGUUGGCGGGGGUAGCCAAAUAGACCACGUAGAAGAACCCCAGGACGAUCCACGAAAACGUAAACCGGACAUCACGAGAGCUAGGAGGUGUUUGAAAUGGGAACCUAAAGUUUCCCUAAUCGUAGGGCUGCAGAAGACUAUUGAUUACUUUAAAAGGGAGGUGAAGAUGUUUAACUUGCAGCUUUCCAAGUCAGCUAAUUGCACUUCAUUGUAAUUUUUAAGUGACUGACUCAGACACGAUGAACUGCGCGAUAGGAAGCUUUCUGGACAAACUGCCUGGAAAAGUUUUCCACGUCCAAUAUAUCGA